AUGUCCCCUCCUCAAACCCAAGAUCCAAACACAGCCUUCUCCACCAACCCCUCCUCCCUCUUCACCCCCUUCACCCUCCGCCUCGCCAACAACGCCAUCCUCACAGGAAUAACUCACAUCCCCUCUUCAGGACUCUUCCACACCUCCCCAACAAAACCCCUCCUAAUCGCCAUCCACGGCGCCACCUGCUCCGCCCACAACUACGACAUAAACCCGCAAUACAACGCCUCCACCUACUCCGCCCUAACAGGAAUCACUUUCGUCGCAUUCCACCGCCCCAACUACCUCGGUUCGAGCGGCUGGAUUCGCAAAGCGGACACCUUCGACAAGCCGGCGCAGGGAGUCUCGGAUUUCGAAGAAGAGGCACGGUGGUACCACGAGUACAUCUUCCCUUUGCUCUGGGAGGAAUUCGGCCUGAAGAACGGGUGCAGUGCGCUGGUGACGACGAGUCACAGCAUGGCCGUUGCUACAACCAUCAUCGCGGCGGGAUAUUACUCGCAGACGGCGGUGGAAGCGAGGAAGUAUCCCUGGGCGGGGAUGGUGGGUUUCGGGCUGGGCGAGGAGCCUACGGCGGCGAUGCUGCGGGGCAGCGAGAGGUUGGGGAGUGUGAAGUGGAAGGAAGGGGAGUUGCCUCUGGGGCAGGAGGAGGAUGUGCAUAUCGGGCCUUUUGGGAAGGAGGAUAAGCUCGCGUUGAUGCUGGGGCCGGAGGGGUGUUGUGGGGAGGAAUUGAGGGAGUUGUGUUGGAGGCAGAAUACUCCUUUUUUGCUGAAUGAGGUUGUGGAUCUUAACGGAGUUUGGAGGGAGAGGAAAGAGGUGUUUAAGGGGAGGGUGGAGAUUCCGGUUUUGUAUGGGGUUGGGACGAUGGAGUGGUUGUGGAAGCAUGAGGGGAGGCAUGUGGAGAUGUUUACGAGGGGGUUUGUGAAGGCGCCGAGGGUGGAGGGGGCGGUUAUUUCGGGGGCACCGCAUGCGAUUGAGUGGAGUCCUAUGGCGGGUGGGUGGUGGUUGAGGGUUUUUGGGUGGGCGGCGGAGGUUACUGCUUCGAGGGAGGUGGAGGGUUGGGGGUUGGAGGAGUUUGAGUGA